AGAGUGAAACAAGCGUGCGAAACAGCGCUCGUUGCUCCUUAUCUCGGGCUUUAAGACACGCACUCUAUGUAAGGUGGAAGUAACUUUGAUCGUCCGGAGAAGAGUUAUAAACCACUGGGAACAUACAUCUGGUUAAAGGUGUCACGACAAACGGAAACCAUGUCGGCCUCAUCGGCGAAAGUCAACAGAAAGGAGAAUUCAAAUCACGACGGAGCGGACGAGACCUCCGAAAAAGAACAGCAGGAAGCAAUUGAACACAUUGAUGAAGUACAGAAUGAAAUUGACAGACUGAACGAACAGGCAAGUGAAGAAAUAUUAAAAGUAGAGCAGAAGUACAACAAAUUACGUCAGCCGUUCUUUCAGAAGCGAUCAGAACUCAUAGCCAAAAUCCCCAACUUCUGGGUCACAACAUUCGUCAACCAUCCACAAGUUUCAGCUCUUCUGGGGGAGGAGGACGAGGAAGCACUUCAUUACCUGUCGAGGGUGGAGGUCACUGAGUUUGAGGAUAUCAAGUCUGGAUAUAGAAUAGAUUUUUAUUUUGACGAGAACCCAUACUUUGAGAACAAAGCGCUCUCCAAAGAGUUUAAUGUAAAUGAGAGUGGAGAUCCUGUUUCUAAAUCAACUGAAAUCAAAUGGAAAGCUGGAAAGGAUCUGACGAAGCGUACAGGUCAGACGCCAAACAAAGCUGGGAAAAAAAGACAGCACGAGGAGCCGGAGAGCUUCUUCACCUGGUUCACAGACCACUCAGAUGCAGGAGCUGAUGAACUGGGAGAAGUGAUCAAGGAUGACAUCUGGCCUAAUCCGCUGCAGUACUACUUGGUCCCUGAUAUGGAGGACGAGGAAGGUGAUGGCGAUGAUGACGAUGAUGAAGAGGAGGGUCUGGAAGAUAUUGACGAGGGGGAGGAAGAGGAAGGGGAAGAUGAUGAUGAGGAUGGUGAUGGAGAAGAUGGAGAGGAUGACGGCGAGGAUGAUUAAACAUAUCAGCCAACAGAUUUUUGUUUUCCAGUUCUACUUCUGUAAUCAUCUUACAACCCAUGGGAGCAAAAUCCUUUUGUUGGGUGGGGCGGGGGGGGGGGGGAACAAAACAAAAAAGAAACUUCUUUCCUGUAUGUCGUCAGCCUGUCCGCCCUCCUCCUCCUCUGCAACCAUGACCUGUCCAUAAUCCAUAAUGCCUGAAGAGCGGGUGUUCAUCAGGUGGGGCGGGGUGUCGGGGGAUCUCCUGGAGUCCCACCUUUCGUUGUUCCUCCACAUCUCCCAAAGACGUGAACAUUUUUUAAAAAGUUGUAGCAUUCUGCACGUCAUCCUACGUAGAUUUGAAAUACGUACCAUAAAAAUUUCUAUGUAAAAUAUGACAAUAUCACAGUUUAUGUUGAAGUUGUGAGUUCAAUAAAAAUAAGCCAUGGUGCAGUGAUAACUUAAUCAUAGCAUCGUUAGCCACUUUAUAUAGCCACUCUAUAUCUAGAGAUAUAGGUAUAGAUAUCUAUAUAGAUAUCUAUAUCUAUCAGUGGUGGGGGAUGCUUAGGCUUAUUAGAAGUUGCAUUUUCCUUUGUGACUUAUUGUACUAAUUGAAAGCACCAGCUUGUUCCUUUCAACCGUUGUAAAUGUUUUUGGGAUAUACAUGUAUCUUGGUAAGACAGUUCUUCAUUGUACACAGUUUAAUGGGGAGGUGUAGUGGGGCUUUGACACCAAAUCUGGACUUCUUAGAAAAAAUCAUCUUGUUUUUGAGACAUCCACAAGAAGGUUUGAAAUGUACAUUUUUUUUAUAGAAGCGACCUAAAAAUCUAAUUUUGAGCUGACUUACAUUUUGCGAUGGGAGAAAAAAAGAUUUCUGUGGAGUCUGCAGUGUUUCUCCUGUUCCACUGGAAACCUGUUCACAUUAAAUUAAGUGUACCAGUUGCUUUGUUACAAUAAAUAAAUGUACACAUAAUGUUUGAGUAGUUUGAUUGCAUUUUAACAUUGUAAGCUUGUUUGACACCCUACACCAUGCUUUUUUAUGUCUUUAGGAAAUUCCAGAAGUUGAUACAGGCAACUUUUGCAAAUGCUUUUAAGCAGAUUACCAAUUAUCAAGCAAAAGUGAAUGUAUUUGUAGACGAAUGACAAAACCGAUGCAUUUAUGGAUAUUUGGGGGAACUUUUUUUGGUUCAGACAAGUUGAAAAUGCAUUUUUGGCAAACCAGAUGGUUCCAACAGACAGCUGGAUUUACACAGGGUUCAGUGGAUGCUAAUAUGUGAUUAUAUUAAGAUUUCAUGUAUGAAAUGUAUUUGAAGCUACUGGCUCUCUAAUGUAAUCGUUGUUAAAUAUCCAUUUGGAUGUGUUCUGUGUAAUACCCUGCACUUUGAUGCAAAUGAGUUUUAAAAUAAACAGUUUGGGCUGACUCAGGUUUUAAAAUA